CUUAAGAUCGAAGCAAUCAAUAAUGAUUUCUUACAUAAACAGUUUAAACCCCCUUUCUCUGUUCAGUUGUAAACGAUAGUUACAAUUUGAUGGAUGGAAAUUUCGCUUUGUGGUGUUCCAAUGUUUGUCCUUUCUCACAAGAGGAAACAUCGCUUGAUGCAGAACCCAAGCGUACUCUUCACCCCUUUCCUUCCCAAUAAACAAUGACUAUAAUUGACUUGUAUUCACUCUUCAUGGCAAAAUGAACCAGGGUCCAGGCUUAUAUUUUGAUAUUGGAAAGAAGGCCAGAGAUGUUCUUCAUAAGGACUAUUGUCAACAAACACCGAUUCACUUCAACUACAGAUUCUUCAAUUGGAAUUUAGAUCUCUCUUGUGAAGAAGAACUUGUGCAUGGACUAAAGGGCCUUUUCGCAUGUAACAUACCUGACUCUGGGAAGUUGGAACUUCGACACCUGAGUAGAUUCAGUGGGUUUAGUGCAAGUAUUGGAUUAUUGGGAGACGCAGAAAAAGGAUAUAGCCCUGUAGCAAACCUCUCUGGUCUUAUAGGAACCAGAAUUCUCUCACUGGGAGCUAAUCUUGCCUAUGACAUAUCAGCAACAAGGACAACUAACAGUCUCAAUGCUGGGUUGAGCCUCAACACUCCCUACCUUGUUGCUUCCGUGACCUUGCAUGACUAUUUUCAAACGUUGAAAGGUUGCUGUUACUUUGAAGUGAACCCUCUGACGAAGACUGCAAUUGCAGCAGAGGUGAAGUAUGACCUUGCAGAUGAUGAGACUACUGGUGUAACGAUUGGUGCUCAGCAUGCAUUGUUUCCUUGGACAUUGUUAAAGGCUCGACUCAGCAGUAAUUGCAGGGUAGGCGCUCUUAUUCAACAGAAGUUGGGAAGGAAGUUUUCCAUAACUGUGGCAGGAGAGGUCAAUUUGAAUGAGAAAGACAAAGAAAAGUGUCCCAAGGUUGGAGUCUACAUGGCUAUGAAAUAGUUUUUCAACAAGAAAAGCUCUUCAUGUACCAUGAACACUUCCAAAAGAGGUUGUAAACUGCAUGCAAAUUUUGUUCAACAUUGGAGAACUGUAUCAUAUCCUUGUUUAGUGUUUUGCGAGUAAUGUUUUUGAGGACCGAAAAGAAGCCAUACACAAUUGAUACGUUAUUUUCUCAUAUAUGAAUUGCUCAUCGAGAGAGAUUAUGAUUC